GGGACUCGCCUCGCCCCGCCCCGCCCCGCCCCCACCGAACCGCCCGCCGCCUUCAGCGCCCACUUCCGCUCCCGCUUAUACUUCCGCUUCCGGAAGGGAAGCUCCGCCCACUGGGGCGCCAUGGCCAGCUACAGCCGCGCGGCCCAGCAAUGGGCGACAUUUGCCAGAUCCUGGUUCCUCAUCGACGGGAGGAUGCAGCCGCCAGGGAAAAUCGCUGCCCUGACGGUGGUCCGGCUGGAGGGGAAGCACAAGCCCGUGUAUCACGCGCUGAGUGACUGUGGAGACCAUGUUGUCAUAAUAAAUACAAGGCACAUUGCUUUUUCCGGGAAUAAAUGGGAACAGAAGGUGUAUACUUCACAUUCUGGUUAUCCUGGAGGCUUCAAACAAGUGACAGCGGCUCAACUUCACCAAAAGGAUCCAACUGCAGUAAGUAUUUCUGGUUCUCUCUUAUGUUUUGUUUUGUUUUCAUGUAGUUAGUUUCCUUUUAGGUUAGGGGAUGUGUUUCAUA